GUGUUGGAAUGUGGCAGCAGAUGCGGAUGAACCAGGGAAGUGGACUUGCGGGAGCAGGUCUGGCGGGGGUAGGAAGAGGCCUAGGAGGAGCAGGCCAAGGAGGCGAUGAGAGUAUGACUCCGCCGGGUGUGAUUCGACCGCCGGAGACGGGAGCGGAGACGGGAAUGUUGGGGAGCUAUCCGCCGCCACAGACAAUCACUGCUUCUUUACGUGCUCAACAGGCUCAACAUGCUCAACAUGCCCAAGUCGCAGAUUGGGUCCAUCAGCAAUUGCCUCGGCAGAAUCAGAUGCAGCAGGGAAGUGAGAUACAAGUGCUAGCGUCGCCGACUGGUCAUGUACCGGUCACACUCUACAGACGGCAGCAGCAGCAGGAGGCUAUGGUGGGAACGACGGCACAGUGGAAUUCGCCUCCGUAUGUCAGGCCGGCGGCGGGUACGACGGCAUUGGGGAUGGCUAGGGGUAACAGCGGAGAAAAUACGGAGAAGGAGGAAUAGUAUUACUAAGAGUUGUGGUUUUUUGGGUGGUGAUUUGCAUUGCAAAGUACACGUCGCUAUAACUAAUUGGGUUGCAUCUUAGCUUGGGUCGCAAGACAUCCAUAUGGAAGUUAUGAAAAAAGAGCAUCUAUACAAAAGCUUUUGGUCUUUUUUUCGUUAGGAC